AUGGGGGCGGGGACAGCCCGGGCCCUACGGCCUGUCCCUUGGGAUCUGGGUUCUGUCACUCAAAGAAUGAUAAAGUUGUUUUUAUUUCAAGAAGUCGUUGGAAAAGAAAGCCCCAGCGCUCUAGAGCUCAGCUGACGGGAAAGGGGGUGUUCAGCCUCGAGUUUGAGAGCUACCCGGAGCCCCAAGACAGGGGUGGGCUCCAGCUCCCCGCACGCCCCGACCUUCCAUCGUAGGCCGGACCAUGGGAACCCCAAAGCCACGGAUCCUGCCCUGGCUGGAGUUGCAGCUGAAUCGGGGGCAGCUGGAGGGUGUGGCCUGGGUGAACGAGAGCCGCACGCGCUUCCGCAUCCCUUGGAAACACGGCCUACGGCAUGAUGCACAGCAGGAGGAUUUCGGAAUCUUCCAGGCCUGGGCCGAGGCUACUGGUGCAUACGUUCCCGGGAGGGAUAAGCCAGACCCGCCAACCUGGAAGAGGAAUUUCCGUUCUGCCCUCAACCGCAAAGAUGGAUUGCGUUUAGCAGAUGACCGGAGCAAGGACCCUCACGACCCACAUAAGAUCUACGAGUUUGUGAACUCAGGAGUUGGGGACUUUUCCCAGCCAGACACCUCUCCAGACACCAGUGGUGGAGGCAGUACUUCUGAUACCCAGGAAGACAUUCUGGAUGAGUUACUGGGUAACAUGGUCUUGGCCCCACUCCCAGAUUCGGGACCACCAGGCCUGGCUGUAGCCCCUGAGCCCUACCCUCAGCCCCUGCUGAACCCCAGCUUGGACAAUCCCACGUCCUUCCCAAACCUGGAGCCCUCUGAGAACCCACUGAGGCGGCUGCUGGUGCCGGGGGAAGAGUGGGAGUUCGAGGUGACAGCCUUCUACCGGGGCCGCCAAGUCUUCCAGCAGACCAUCUCCUGCCCAGGGGGCCUACGGCUGGUGGGGUCUGAAGUGGCAGACAGGACACUGCCUGGAUGGCCCAUCACACUACCAGACCCUGGCGCGUCCCUGACAGACAAGGGAGUGAUGAGCUAUGUGAGGCAUGUGCUGAGCCGCCUGGGCGGGGGACUGGCUCUGUGGCGGGCCGGACAGCAGCUCUGGGCCCAGCGGUUGGGGCAGUGCCACACAUACUGGGCAGUGAGCGAGGAGUUGCUCCCCAACAGUGGGAAUGGGCCUGAUGGCGAGGUCCCUAAGGACAAGGAAGGAGGCGUGCUCGACCUGGGACCCUUCAUUGUAGAUCUGAUUACCUUCACGGAAGGAAGCGGACGCUCACCACGCUAUACCCUCUGGUUCUGUGUCGGGGAGCCAUGGCCCCAGGACCAGCCGUGGACCAAGAGGCUCGUGAUGGUUAAGGUUGUGCCCACAUGCCUCAGGGCGUUGGUAGAGCUGGCCCGGGCAGGGGGUGCCUCCUCCCUGGAGAACACCGUGGAACUGCACAUUUCCAACAGCCACCCACUCUCCCUCACCUCUGACCAGUACAAGGCCUACCUGAAGGACUUGGUGGAGGACAUGGAUUUCCAGGGCCCUGGAGAGGCCUGAGCCCUCACUCCUCAUAGUGUGGCCUCUAGCCCCCCUACCUCGCCCACCACCUCAACCAAUAAACUGGUUCCUGCUGUA